GAUGGAACGUCUCUGUCUGCUGAUUCUGCUCUCCUGCUGGGUGUCUGAGUCUGCUGCUGCAGCAGUGCUCAAUACAGACACAACAUCUGAAGCUGGAGACUGGACAGAGAAUGGUAAUGAGACUCAGAACUAUACCCAUACUGUACCACUGGUCUGUCAGCUCAGCACUUGUGAGCUCCUGCUGAGAGAGCUGGGGGCCAUGCAGGAGAAGAUGAGGGCCAUGGAGGCCAGGCUGGAGGCCAGCGAGGACAAAGCUGCGACCAUGGAGAGUGAGCUGCAGGAAAAUGGGAGGGAGAUUGAACAGUUAAAGACAGGUGCUGCCGGGAAGGUAUCAUUCUCCGCCUUUAUCGGAGGUCAUGGACACAUUGGCCCAUAUGAUGUAAGCACAACUAUAGAAUACAAGAAUGUGCUCACCAAUAUAGGCAAUGGCUAUAAUCCAGCUACAGGAAUAUUUCUUGCCCCAGUCAGAGGAAUUUACUAUUUCUACUUCUGCUAUCAUGCUGGCCAACAGAAAGGGACAGCAAUUAUCUUAUACAAGAAUAGUGAACUCAUAGCCUCAACCGCACACAAUGGCCAAGAGAACAGUUCUGCAAAUGAGAACGGAUCUAAUGGCGUUGCAUUGCAGCUGGAGGUUGGGGAUCAGGUCUAUGUCCAACUUACUGCUGGAACGUGGGUUUGGGAUGGACAUUACCAAAAUACUGUGUUCACUGGCUUUCUGGUCACCCAUUUGUGAUGUGUAUGUAUGUAGGUACAGUACAGUAUGUUUUUAUGCAUCUUGAGUCAGAAUGUGGUGUUUGUCAGAAUAUGGUGUUAAUGUUUGAAAAUAAUUAUAUACAUCGCAAACUGUUUAUUAAUAUGAUGAAUAUUAAAGACAAAGACAAAGCACAGACGGACAAACAAACCCUGAUGAAAACAUAACCUACUUGGCAGAGGUAAAUAUCUGGUCACUUGA